AUGAUGAUGAUGAUGACUGGCCGUGUGCUGCUGGUGUGUGCCCUCUGCGUGCUGUGGUGCGGUGCCGGUAGGGUUUAUGCGAGGAACCCUGACAACAAUUCACUGGGCGGCUACAUGGCGUCGAGAGGGUUUGGAAGGAAUACGUCGUUUUUGUCAAACGGAUCUAUUAAAAACUUAUCCACACCGCUUUUGCUGUCAGCAUCGUUUAUCUCUGCUAUGCAAGCCGAAGCUCGUGAAGAAGUUUCUUCUCCAGGAGUUACUAAUUUACCUUUAAGUGGAGCCACGGGUCUUAGUCCUGCUUUUUCCGAUCGUGGUGCCUCCAUUCCCCGUCCCACUGUUCCCGGUCUUCGUGCUGCUAUUCCCGGUGUUGAUGUUCCCAGUGAUGGCCCUGGUGCUAUUCCUGCUCCUGUUCGUGCUGCUGAUGCUCCUAUUCCUGGUGUUGCUGUUUCCAGUGAUGGUGCUGCUGCUUUUUCCAGUCUUGGUGCUGCCGCUGCUGGUCCUGGUCCUCUUCGUGAUCCUGCUUUUCCCGGUCCUGAUGCUAAUAUUCCUGGUUCUGUUGCUCCCGGUCAUGGUACUCCUAUUCAUGGUACUGCUGGUCCCGGUGCUGCUGCUUUUUCCAGUCUUGGUACUCCUAUUCAUGAUGCUGCUGAUCCCGGUGCUGCCAUUCCUGGUGCUAUUCCUGGCCCUGGUUCUGCUCGUGGUGCUGCUGGUCAUCGUCCUGUUGGUCCCGGUCAUGGUCCCGGUAUUCCUGGUCAUGGUCCUGCGGGCGCUGGUGAUGGUCCUGCUUUUUCCGGUCUUGUUCCUGCUGUUCCCGGUGCUGGCCAUUCUGUUGGUGGUGGAAGUGAACCUCCGGACUCUCGCUCUGCCGUUAUUUCCUCAAGUCAAGGUGGCAAUGGAAAAACAGCCCCGGUCAGUGUUUCAUCCGAUGAGCGGAUUGCAUCCCCAGAAGAAGUUUUGGCACAAAAGGAAACAGGGAGUCAGGGCACCUCUUCGCCCGAAGGACAGCCAACGGUGUCAUCCAACACUGAAAAGCAAAGAAACAAUUCUGCCUCAGCAGGGGGUCACAGUCUUGGCCACGACGCCGCGGGAGACGAACUCCAAGACUCUUUGGAAGAACAACAGAAAAAUGACCAUUCACAAACGAACGAGACAAAAAAAUCAUCAGGGGACCAAAAUACAGAAUCCCAACGCAGUGGAGGAGCACUCUCGGAAGUAUCCAACACAACAACGCAUGGGAUAAAAACUCAACAGCCAAAGACAAAUUCAGCAAAUGAGAAGAACUACAGUCAAAACACGGAUGCAACCCACACCACCUCCCCUCUUUUGCUUCUUCUUCUUCUUGUUGCGUGUGCGGCUGCGGCUGCGGUGGUGGCCGCGUGA